UUGUGGGUAUUGUGAUUUUAGCCUAGGAUUAUGCUUCAACAUGGAUACCUUAAUCCCAACACUUCUGCUUGUACUGUGGCUGAAAAGUUUUCUAAAUUGGAUGGUAGUUGUGAUACAGCGGCACUACAUGAUCCAGUCCUUCUCAGGAUUUUUCUGCAUUUCCUUGUCACUGAUUGAUACAAUCCUGAGUUGUGUUCACACAGCAAUAUUCCAUUUGGAGGAUGUCAACAUAGCUGGCUGGCAUCUUACCAGGUACCACGGAUGCCUACUGGCUCAAAUCACUUGUUUUAUAUAUGCCGUUCUCCACUGGCCAGUGUUUUUCUUUGUAGGUCUGGAUAAAUUUUGGACAGUAUCACCAAGCUCAGCACACAAGCCCUGGGCUCAGAAUUUGAUUUACACUGCGGGUGUGUCUCUCCUUUGGAUUCUUGCAGCUUUUUAUGUUUUCUGGGUCCUUGAUGUUUCUUUACUUGGAUAUGAUAAGAACCAGUGCCACCUGUUCAGUAGUCCUCAGAGUCCUCAGGUUUUCAAUGCAUUAGUUUUGACAAUUACCUGUGUGCUUCUUUACUCGUACUCUCCAUGUGAGAAAUGGAGGGUGCAUAUGUUUCUAUAUUCCACUCAGGGAACCCAACAGACUUGUUCGGUGUGUUUAAAGUACAUAAUGUUUACAUUUCUCAGCACGUGGGCAUCAUUUAUGACUCUGAUGAUAAUCCUUCCUUUGCUGCCAACAGAGAUGCAUGCACAUCUGCAAAUGAAUGUCCUUUGGUUGUGUUUCCUCAAUAGCUUCUCUAUAGCUAUGGCUCUUUGCGCCCGCUCUUUUGCAUGGAAUGCCAAGAACAGCGAUUCCAUAACAGAUGGUUUUUGUUCCUGGUCUUUUAAUUUUUUACAUAUGGGGUUAACUGGUGGAAUUAUGGACAACAAAAAGACAAAACCAAUGACCACAUUCUAG